ACGUGCGCACCUCGCGUGAAUGUGUGCAGUAGAUUAAGGCUGCACUACGCGCUCCCACGGCCCCGGGUCCUGUCUCUUCACCUCCUUUGCUGGCUCUUCCUGGCUUCUGGGUCGCACCCGCAACUGCCAACUUUUUGUGCGUGUGCGCGAUACAGUAGUUUGGGUCUGGAGAUUGCGAGAAGGGCGAAGACGAGACGGGAUGAAGGGUUUGUUUGGCGCUGUUGCGCUGUUCGCUGCGCAAGCUGGCAUCCUCGCCUCGCCACUUGCUCCACGGGCGACAUCAAUCGUGGCGGUUGACCUCGGAUACGCCGUCUACCAAGGGACUCGCGAUGCCAACAAUAGCAUCAACAUCUUCAAGGGGAUUCGCUAUGCCGCUCCGCCGCUAGGAAACCUCAGAUUCGCAGCUCCCCAGGCACCCGCAAAAAACAGGACGUCAACCAUCCCAGCAACGAGCGACCCACCGCAAUGCCCGCAGACUGGCGCUUCAGCAGAGACGCCGGCUAAGUAUGCCUUCACUUCUGGGUACGGAAACGAGGACUGCUUGUUUCUGAACGUCUAUGCGCCGUCAAGCGCGAAGAACCUGCCCGUCUUCUUCUGGAUCCAUGGAGGGGGAUACGGUCUGUUUUCCGCCACAGGCCUCGAUCCCACCGAGUUCAUGGUGACCAACAAUAACAAGUUCAUCUCUGUAAUCAUCCAGUACCGCCUCGGAGCAUUCGGUUUCCUGCCCGGAGAUGACGUCAAGGAGGAUGGCGCGCUGAAUGCUGGCCUUCUGGAUAUGAACUUUGCGCUUCAAUGGGUGCAGAAGCAUAUCAAGAAGUUUGGUGGCGAUCCGAACCGUGUCACCCUGGCGGGCGAGUCUGCCGGUGCGGCUGCCGUCAUGUAUCAGGCGAUGGCGUACGGUGGAAAGCAGAACAAGACGCUGUUCCAGAACCUCAUAGCCGCGAGCCCAUGGGUCCCGUAUCAGCACGACUACGACGACGAGGUCUCUACCAAGAACUACAACGACUUCGCCGAAGCCGCCGGCUGCUCAAGUGCUGCAGACACUCUUCAAUGCCUACGCGACGCCGACAGCUUGGUCCUCCAAAACGCCAGCUUCAAGGUCUCCGAAGCCGGGCCUUUCGGCACCUUCGCUUUCCUCCCCGUGACCGACGGCGCUUUCAUUCAGGAACUACCAACAGAGGCUCUGGUUUCCAAAUCCGUCCAGGGGAAACGCCUGCUCUCUAGCAAUCUCGCAAACGAAGGCGUCCCCCUAAGCCCGCCCACCACCCGAACGCUGCAAGACUUCCGCGACUACAUUGACACCACCUUCCCGGGUUUCAGCCCCGCCGACAAAGCCGCCCUCGAAGACGAAUACUCCUACGACGGCGACGACGAGCCUGUCGACCCCUCCGCCCCGCUCUACGACACCUCGGGAACCUCCUAUCCCACCGCCGUCAACCAAUCCGCCUUCGGCACCGGCCAGCAACAACGCGUCUUCAACGUCUUCGCCGAGUACGCCUUCGACUGCCCCAGCUACUGGCUCGCCUCCGCCUUCCCCACAGCGUGGAAAUACCAGUUCUCCGCCCCGCCCUCCUACCACGGCUUCGACCUGCAGGCCCUGUGGUCCGGCACCGCGUACCCCGGCGCCUCCUUCAAGCACGCCUUCCGCAAGAUCUGGGGCAACUUCAUCGUCGCCAACAGCCCCGUCAUCAGCGUCGCGGACGCCCAGGCCGGCGCCUCCAACGCCACCGUCCCUGUCGGCAGGAACGGCAUGAUCCAGUGGCCCGUGUGGAGCGAGAGCAAGCCCGUGCUGCUGAGCCUGAAUGCCACGGGCGGCGUGAGGAUCCCGGUGAAUGUCACGGACGAUCUGAAGUAUGCGAUUUAUCUGGAUCCCGGGGUCACGAAUGUGCUGAAGGUGGCGGAUGCGGAGAAGUGGGAGGGAGGGAGGGGGGAGCGGUGCGAGUGGUGGCUGGGCAGGGCGGCGAAGGUGCCGUAUUGA